AGUGAUAUUUGUGAAAGCGUACAGAGAAGUCGCAAGAAAAUUUGUUUUUUUUCUUUCACAUCUAUUGAAUUUUUAAACGAAGUCAAAUUAUUCACAUUAAGAUUGUAUUGAUAACUGACAAUAAAUUGUAGGUGGUGAAAAAUUUACAAGUUAUUGAAAAUUUAAAAGAUGGAAACCUCAGCUGUCCAACGGGAGACUGCGGUUCAAGUUUUAUUCACGGAGACCACCAGAGAUGAUUUCACAUUAUUUAUGGACGAUCAAGUCACUGACUUUACACUGUUGUUUGAGAAAAUGCUAUCGAGAAAUGAUGAAAAUUUUCCUGUCAUUAUGGAAUUUUUACAUAUAAACAACCUCGUUGCUAAAUUGCCAGACGUCCAUCGUGACAUGGGAUAUACAUUUAUUGAUAAUAACUGUGAUUUCAGCGAUUUUUAUACAAAGUGGAAACUUGUUAGAAAUUUGAAAUAUCUCCAGGAAAAAGGAUGUGAUCUCAACUUAGAAAUGUUCAAUUAUUUACGAUCGCUUACCUUUGGCGGAAAGCUUGUGAAACGAAGUAAAAAUUUUCUCCAAGUGAUUCAACUUUUACUGCCGUUUUGUACGGAUUUUUUCAUUGACCUCAGUUAUUGGAAAAAAAUUAGAUACUUCUGCGUCGAUACAAAGGAAAUUAUAGAUGCACUCAACUUCCUCAUCACAAAUUACGGAACUGAGAAAAACUAUAGAUUUCUACCCCCGCUUCGCAAAUACAAUCCAUUUUCAUUGAAACAUUUAGCGAGAAAUGCUGUGCGAGAAAAAGCAUGGCAAAAUAAAAAAAUUAAUAAGUCGUUCAACACGCUUUGUGAAAAAAAUAUUCCCGUGAUGCUCUUUAAAUAUAUGAGUUUUAUGGAUUAAUCUU